AUGGAAGAAGUGUUUGUUAUACUUGAAUGUUCUCCACAAUUGAAGCCUGUGGUUGGUCAGAAGUUCCAAUCCCUUGAUUUUGCUUUUGCGUUUUAUGAUGUGUACGCCCGCACCGUCGGUUUUGAUACGCGAAAACAAGGAAUGAGGAAGGCGGCGGACGGUGUAACUACUUGGUAUUCUGUCGUAUGCAACAGGAAGGGCAACAAGAGGUCGAACGAGGAAGACGAUGUGAAUGCACGAUCUGGUUUUACUAUUAAACGCAGGCGGUUGUCCAAGCGAUGUGGUUGCAAAGCAAGUAUAUCCUUCAAGUUCUUUUCUGAAGCAGGAAUUCUGGGAUAUAUUAUUCAGGAGUUCAAAGAGGUUCACAACCAUUAUAUAAUGGAGUCAGAGCAUCAGCAGUUCAUGACACUUAACCGAAAGUUAGAGGACGUACAUCACAAAUUCAUUCUGGACUGUUCCAAAGCUAAUAUAGGCCCCACACUUACCUUUAAGGUAUUGAAGGAAAUUCUCGGUGGGUUUGAACGUGUCCGUUGCAAUGUCGGGGAUAUUAGGAACACUUCGCAAGACAUCAAAGCAUACGCAAACGGUUGUGACGUGCAGAUGGUGUUGGACGACAUGGCGAAGAAGAAGGAGCUGUCCGAUGCGUUCACAUAUCACUACGAAGUAAAUGAUGCUAACCAGUUGGUCUCCCUUUUUUGGUGCGAUGGUUUGAUGAAGAGGAACUACCAUAUGUUUGGUGAUAUAGUGGCGUUUGACUCCACUUACAGCACAAACAGGUAUUGCAUGAUCUUCACACCUUUCACGGGAAAGGACAAUCAUAGGAAACCUGUAACAUUCGCUGCCGGAUUGGUGUGCAACGAGAAAAUAGGGGCCUUUGGCUGGUUGUUCAAACAUUUCGUCGAAUGCAUGGGCGUAGCACCCAAAAUGAUUGUAACAGAUCAAGACUUGGGCAUGAGAGCAGCUAUUCAAGAGGUUCUUGUAGGCACUCGACACCGAUGGUGUAUGUGGCAUAUAAUGCACAAGUUGGCUUCCAAGGUUCCAGGAAGGUUGCUUAGGGACGAAGAUUUCAAGAAGGAAUUCAAUGCAUCCGUUUGGUCGGACUUGCUUGAACCCGACGAAUUUGAAGAGGAGUGGAAUGGAGUGAUUGAGCGUUAUGAGCUGGAAGACGUUGAUUGGUUGAACACAUUGUACGAGUACAUACAGAUGUGGAUAACGGCCUACUUCAGAGAUUUCCCACUCGCUUCAGAUUCUGUGCCCAUAAUUGCCACCCGAGCGAACCUUGUCGAACUAUACUUGUAUUUCAACAAUGCUCUGGACUUUCAGCGGAACUCUAGAACAAAGCUGGACUACAACGAUGCUACUUCCGUGCCCAUAAUUGCCACUAAGUUGGGUUUCGAGAAACAUGCUGCAACGAUUUACACAGACAAUAUGAUUGACACCUACAAGCUUGGGGAUAGCCGACGGAAUUCGUAUUCUGUGAGUCACGACAAGAGUGAAGAUUCAUACUCUUGCGACUGCAAAUUGUUCGGUAGGCAGAAGUACUGCAACAGCCGAUGGAUGAAGACUCCCAUAGUCAAGGCUGUACAUGGACUUUUUGAUGUCACCGUAGAUACAAGGUCCACCGUUGACGAUAGGCAGACUGUAUCAAAUCAAGGGAUAUCGUUGUUCUACGGUUUUAUUCGACGGUUCGAGACGGACAUUGACGUGCUUCGUGCAUUCGUAGGUGGUUUGGAAGAACUUGGUAAUUCUCUUCAAGCUGGAACUCCUCCAACGUCGGCCUUUGAAAAGAGGCGCAUGAUUGAAGAGUUUUACGGUAUGCCACGGCCUGAGGUAGUAGAGGUCCAUCCUCCGGAUGUUGUAAAGACCAAGGGUCAUGCUAGCAGCUCCGCGAGCCGACUGAUUUCAAAGAGAGAAAAGGCUAUAAAGGAAGCUACUAGGCCUCUUAGACGUUGUAAGGCGUGCGAUGAGUUAGGUCAUCACGACUCUAGAAACUGUCCAAUGCUUAAAGAGAUGGAGAAUGAGAAAUAG